ACGUCUGUGAAACGAUCCAAGAUGACGGCGACAAAGGCUGAGAAGAAUCCUCUCAAUACUAGAGACUUCAGCAGGGUCGUUUUGACGUUGGAAAAUGUAUUGUUACCCGACGAUAAACGUUCACCGACUCCCUCAAUGCAAGACGGACUUGACAAUGAAACCGAAACAGAUUUACGAAUACUUGGUUGCGAGUUGAUACAAACGGCAGGCAUCCUGUUGAAACUUCCACAGCUUGCAAUGGCUACUGGGCAGGUCAUCUUUCAGAGGUUCUACUAUUCAAAGUCAUUUGUCAAGCAUAAUAUGGAAAUCAUUGUCAUGGCAUGCAUCUACUUGGCCUCAAAGAUAGAAGAAUGUCCAAGAAGAAUGAGGGAUGUUAUCAAUGUGAUUCAUCACAUCAAACAAGUUAGAAAUCAAAAGACACUUCAUCCUCUUCCAUUAGACCAGAACUACAUCAAUCUCAAGAAACAAGUUAACAAUGCUGAAAGAAGGGUUCUGAAAGAGUUGGGAUUUUCUGUACAUGCCAAAAACCCUCACAAGGUGAUUGUCAUGUUCCUGCAAGUGCUGGAAUGUGAAAGAGACCAGAAGUUGGGGCAGUGUGCAUGGAACUACAUGAACGAUAGUUUCAGGACUGACGUGUUUGUUCGGUUCCAUCCAGAGGUGAUCGCAUGUGCCUGUAUCUACUUAGCAGCAAGACAAUUACAAAUACCACUGCCCAGCAGUCCACCUUGGUAUUAUGUGUUCAGCGUAGACGAUGAAGAGGUAGCGGACAUUUGUCUCACCAUUCUAAGGCUCUACGCUCGUCCUCGGCCAAACUAUGAUAAACUAGAAGCCAAGGUGAACGAUGCAAAGAAGAUUCAGAUAGAAGCCAAGAUGAAAGCUAAAGGGGUCUCUUCUGAAAAUGGGACACCAAAUCACUCAUCUCGAACAAAUUCACCAAAGAAUGUCAGUCCUAACCCUGCUCUUCUUCCCAGUAUGAAAAGGCUGAAAGAAGAUGACAGAGACUCUGAAAGAGGUUCCAUAAAAAAUCACUCGUCAAAAAAGAAGCGCAGUCACAGUCCACAUGAUAAAAGUAGAUCUCGGUCAAGAAGUCGACAAAGGUCCUCUCUGUCCAGAUCUAGUCGCAGUUUAAGUCGAAGCCCCUCGAUGAAACGUCGUAAGAACAGAGGUUCUCCACACAGAUACAAGAAGGAUCGCUACUUCAGCCCAGAUCGCUACAUCACUAAAGAGCACAAACAUUCCCGAAAAAGGAAGAAGCACUCACAUUCCAAAAGUCGCAGUCCUUCACUGAACAAGUCGCCAGAGCGUUACAAGGCCAACCAUAAGAAAUAUAAACACGAGAGGGAUAGUAGGUACCACUCGCCAGAACGCCACCACAAACGACACAGAAAUGGCCACCGGAGCCCUUCACCUAGAGACCGCUACGACAAAUACCGUAGAUAAUGAUUGUUAUUGCUAGGAAAUGUUUCAUCUAAAUAGCAAUGAAGUCGUAAGUGAACAAGGAAGAAAGGAUUUUGUAAGAUGUGUGUAAUUUCUGAUAAUAAUUACAUCACAAGUGAUAUGAAGUAUUUGAACUUGCUGUAAAAAAUUGGGUUAAUUUGUUGGAAAUAUCAAGAUUUUGUUGUUUGAAACAAUGGAACAAAGGUUGGUUGUGUGUACCGUGGAAGGGGACAGAGCUGAUAUUUGUUAUAGUUGUCCUUCUAAUGAAGUCUUUGUUUUCAUAUGGUGCUACCAACAAAAUCUCUUUAAAAGCUCAAGAAUGAUUUAUCAUUAAAAAUGACAACCAUUUAAAGAAAAAUAAUUCUGUGCACAGUCAUAAGGCGCAAGAAAUCAAAUAAUUUGAAUGUCUCUUAUUUAAUGCAUGUAAAAUGCAUUUAUCCUUUUCAAAAUUAUGCAAAUACAUAAAAGUGUCUUUUAUAAUAUCAAAUUCUACCCCUGUGGUCACAAUUUCAGUAUUUUUCUCUAUUUUAUUGACCACAAGAAAUGUUGUGGCAUAAGGUAUGGAACUAGGUAGCAGGUCUGAACGCUGUUAAUACAGGGAUUGACACUAUCUUAUUAUCUAUACUAUUGUUGUUCAGAAAAGACAACUGUAAGUAUUGUAACUGGAGAUGCUGAUUCCUUACAAGUGCUGAAUAUAUAUAUGAGCUAUGGGCAUUUCAAUAUGUAUAUUAUUAUUUUUUCUAAUUCUGUAAACCACUUGUAUUUUGAAACUACUUUUUCCUUUGAAGUCUUCUUAAGUCAUACUGGUAUUAUAAGAGAAUUGAAAUACUCCUCGAGAUGAGAAGACUGAACAAAGCAUUAUUGCAGAUGAGGAACUGGUAAUGUACAAGUGGUUUACAAUUGGUAUUCCUUGUAAGCUCUCUUGCUAAGGACCAAUGAUAUUAACCGACUGGACUGUAGCGGUUAUUUAAUUAAACAUGCAGUACGGGUACUUGCAUCUUUGUCUGGUUGAGUUUGUAAUGUGCGUGACCGCUGUGGUGUACCAUUGUAAGGAGUGUGUAUAUAUAUAUGUAGUGGUUGAAAAUGGAGUGUACAUACAUCAGAUGUGUUGGGAGUGAGGAAGCAUGUGAAAUAGUAGUAAAAGGUUGAGGGAACAAGAAAGUGUUGUAGUUGAAAGGGAGCAAGAAUAAGAAUGUUUUUGAGCAUCCUGUAUACAGAUUGUACAUUUAUGUAUUUGAAUUGAUAUGAUGCAUUUUAAUACACAAUUUUAAAUUGUA